GGCGGAAGGCGGCGGCGCGGCCCCUCCUCCCGGGCGGGGCGGUGGCCGGCGGGUCCCGCAGCCCUGCCGCCGCGUGGAGCCGCGCUGCCUGCUCCCUGCCUGCUGCCUGCCUGCUGCCUGCUCGCUGCCCGCUCCCAGCCCAGCUCGCCGCCGCCGCCCCCCCCCCCCCCCCCCAGCCGUGCCCCUGCGGGCCGGCGGCGCGGGGAUGGGCGCGGGGCUGUGAGGGCGGCGUGAGCCGUGGCCAUGGGGAACAUCUCCUCCAACAUCUCCGCCUUCCAGUCCCUGCACAUCGUCAUGCUGGGCCUGGACUCGGCGGGGAAGACCACGGUGCUGUACCGGUUGAAGUUCAACGAGUUCGUCAACACCGUGCCCACCAUCGGUUUCAACACGGAGAAGAUCCGGCUGAGCAACGGGACGGCCAAAGGCAUCAGUUGCCACUUUUGGGACGUGGGUGGGCAGGAGAAGCUGCGCCCGCUCUGGAAGUCCUACAGCCGCUGCACCGAUGGCAUCAUCUACGUGGUGGACUCGGUGGACGUGGACCGGCUGGAGGAGGCCAAAACAGAGCUGCACAAGGUGACCAAGUUCGCCGAGAACCAAGGUACCCCGCUGCUGGUCAUCGCCAACAAGCAGGACCUGCCCAAGUCCCUGCCGGUGGCCGAGAUCGAGAAGCAGCUGGCCCUCCACGAGCUGACCCCUUCCACCACCUACCACAUCCAGCCCGCCUGCGCCAUCAUCGGCGAGGGGCUCACGGAGGGCAUGGACAAGCUCUACGAGAUGAUCCUCAAGCGGAGGAAGUCCCUCAAGCAGAAGAAGAAGCGAAAAGACAAUAGUGGUGACAACAAAGCCGCUCCCGCCAGCCAAGCCCACAUCCCGGCUGCGGGCGAGAGCCGGGAUCUCCCCUCUCCCACCGCCCCUUGCCGCGGACCACCGUCCUCCCAGGGGCCGGAUCCGGAUCUCCUGGGGCCCCUGGGCCGGGCUGGAGACGUGCUACCGGGCCGAGACCCCCCGCCGUCCUUCGAGACCACCGAGCUUUUUUUGUGUGCCGGGGGCGAACAGGGCAGGACCCUGUUGAAGUGCAUUUGAGAGAAGCCCGGCGUGCUUCUGGAUCUUUAACGUGUGCAUUUUUUUUGGGGGGGGGGGGGGCGAGGAUGCUAUGGGGGGCAAGAAGGCAGCACCCGGGUUUGGCAAGGUCACCGGUGAGGGGGCUUCCCGAUACUUGCCCGCAUCCCCGCAUCCCUCCCCCGCGUUUGUGGGUGGGAAGGGGUGUCGAAAGCGGAGGGGGGGGGGGGCUUGGACCAGCACAAAAUGUCUUGGGGGGUGUGAUGGGUAAGAGGACAAACCCCCUCCCCCCACCCCCCCCUCCUGGCUGGUGUUUUAGGGUGCGGAUGGGCGCAGAGCAAGGACAGGCAGCCUUCAGCCGGGGGGGGGGGGGGGGGGGGUUGCUGCUAAGCCUGCGGCUCCGGGGGUGCCUAGCAGCUGCUGACCAGUGCUGAGCUUUAAGCUGUUUGCUUAAAAAAAGAAGGAAAAAAUCAAAAAAGGUUUUGGGUGAACGCUGCUGGAAGUGUUUGGGGGGGGGGAUGUCCAGGAGUCCCCCUUCUCAAAGGCUUAAUUGUGUCAUCUUCUGAAGCAAAGCCCUGAGCAGGUCUUUAUUGUGCCCAGGCAGAGGCAUGCUCCAAGGUGCUAAUUUGCUCCAGCUGGGGUGAUCCAAACUAGGGGUUAAUUAAAAAAAAAAAAAAAAAACCAAACAGAAAAAGCAAGCGUCAUGGUACUGGUCACUGUGCUGUCGGUGCAAGAGGUCAGGGCAGCGCUUGCUAAACGUGGGGUUUUCGGGGGGUCAUGGCAGGGCAGGACGGACGGACAGCUCCCGGCACUGCCCGCUGAGAUGGCCAGAGCUUGCAAAAUCUCUGCUGGAAAGGGACUCGGCAGCGCCGGGAAAAUGGCAGGGUGUGAGGAGACAUGGGGGGGCGGGGGGUAACAUUGGGGGGUGCUAGUUUUUUUAUAAAGAUUUAAACCCGAUACAAAGCAGAGAGCCCCUUGCUGCCAGCAGUAGCUGUGUGGGCUGCCUCUGCCUGCUGAGCGCCCGGGGCAGGGUCAGGCCCCGCCACGUCCUUCUGCAGGUGAAUUUUGGUACCUGGAAGGGACUGGGGACCAAAAAGCCAUUUGUUGUCUGUGUUUUCGCCUGGGACCCAGCUCUCUGGAGGAGAAAAGCAGGGUCUCGGCUUUCCAUGCUGCCCACGGAGCAGAAGCAGGCAGCCCUCAGGGGCCAAAUACCCUGAGUUUUGAGCCACGCAGUCUGGCAGGAUUUUCUGGUGAUUUUACACCAGCCUUCCCAUUUGAAAACCCCUUCCCAGAGCAGCCAAGGAGAAACCACCAAGCAGACAAAAGAAAAAUGCCCUUCGGGUUUCAGGGAGUUGAUUCUCCCCUUGCAGCAAUGAGCGCGGCACCUUCCAAAUAGCGGGUUUUUUGUUAGGAAACAAAUGUUGCAGCCAAGUAGUAUUUCUCUUCUUGCGGGAUUUGAGUUCCCAACGCGAGUCCUGACUUGUGUGCUGAGUGAGUGGGCUGGUCCCAUCAGUUCAGGUGGCUCUGUUCCCGCUUCCUUGGGUUUUCUUUGCUUUGUCUUCACCUCCAACACUUUGGUACUUGCUGUCAAGAGAGGAAAAAAAAAAUUAUUUAUUUUUGAUGCCACAGAAGCCACGUGCAGUAACCCUUUUUUUGGAGAGCGACCCAUUUUAGAGGCGAAACAUAAAGCUACGUUUUCCCCACCAACUCAAAAGCGAUCAGGUUUUAACAAUGACACGUGCAGGCUAUUAGCUGUGGGUUUUGCCUCCUUGCUGUCAAGACGUAGGUCUUGAUUUAGCAAAUGCUGGCAUGGAAAGCCCGGUGGCAUGCAUUUACGGAGUUUGGUCCUUCCUGGGAGUUUGUUACACCCAGCUCAGCUGAGCAUCCCCUUGGAGAAAUGGCUGGUUUUUGGCAGAGCACUGAAGCGUGCGCUGAACUGGCAGCGCAGGCUUGAAGCUUCAGCUGAGCCAGGUGGGACGCUGUGGCGGUGCCGUUCCUACCAACUCUGCUUUCUGCAAUAAUUAAAAAGACUUUUCCAAUUAGUA